CCAUUCCUCACCCUCCCUUCUCUUGCCUACCACUGACUGUAAAAUCAUAGUGGCAUGCGUCUGACCUGUGCUGAGAAUCCGCCACUAAGUAAACCAACCCUCACGUCAAUCAGCAAAAAUGGCUUCUGGACAAUCAUGGCUGAACCAGGACUUUGGCGGAGAUGAUGAAGAGUCUGACAACGAUUUCAACCCGGUCAUCGAAGGGGCCUCCGACGAUGGAGAGGACGCAGAAUCUCGACCACACACUACGAAACGCGAAGCAAAUUCGCCUGACAAUGAUGGCCGCAGCGCCUCCAGAACGAAUGGCAAGCAGUCGGCGUCUCCUACCAGAAGACUGAAGCCUUCGGCAGACGAAGACGAAGAAGAGGGCGAUGAUGAUGCUAAAGAGGAGAAUGGUGAAGACGACGAAGGUGAAGGCGAAGAUCUGAACGGGGAAGACGACGACGAAGAGGAUGAAGAAGACGAGGAUGACGAUGAAGACGCAGUCACAAGCCGGCCUCGCAAGCGCAGAAGAAGAGGCCUCAACCAGUUCUUCGAAGAGGAAGCCGAAGUCGACGAAGAUGACGACGAGAUCGAAGCUGACGAAGACGAUUUGGGGCCAGAAUUCAUACAGGAUACGCACCCUGACGAUGAUAUUCCACCGGAAGCAGAUCACGACGAUGCGAGACAUAGGGAGCUGGACCGCCAGCGACAAUUGGAGGCUUCGAUGGAUGCAGAAAAACAAGCCGCAGCUUACAAGGAAAGAUAUGGACGAAGAACAACCACAGCUCUAAGCAACACUUCUUUCGUGCCACAGAAUCUAUUGAUGCCUGACGUCAACGAUCCGAGUAUCUGGGGUGUUAGAUGCAAAGCCGGCAAGGAGCGUGAAAUCGUCAGCAAGCUCAUGAAGAAAUUCUUCGAAAGCCAGAACAGUCGGAAGCCGAUGCGAAUCUGUUCGGCUUUCGAACGAGGCGAUGGCCCUAUGGCUGGAUAUAUCUUCGUAGAAGCCCGGCAGAAGGUCGACGUGGACGAUGCAUUGGCCAACGUGGCUGAUGUAUAUCCAAGAUCGAAGAUGAACCUCGUUCCAGUCAAAGAAAUGCCAGACCUCUUGAGAGUCACGAAGAGCAAAGAGCUCGAAGUCGGUGGUUAUGUCCGCAUAAAGCGCGGUUUGUACCAAGGCGACUUGGGCAUGAUUGAGGCCGUUGAAUCUAACGGUCUUGAGGUCACUGUCAGACUAGUUCCUCGACUUGCCUACGGUGCAGAUGAGGAUCCCAUGCGUCCUGGCGGCCUGGACUCCAAGCGCAAACGACCAAAUGCUUUUGGACCCAUCAACAGUUUCGCAAAUCGGCCUCCUCAGCGGCUCUUCAACGAGGCCGAGGCGCGGAAGAAGCACGACCGAUUUAUGCAGCAGAAUCGAGGCCUUUCAAAUAAGAGCUGGACUUAUAGAGGCGAGCAAUAUGAAGAUGGCUUCCUGAUCAAGGAUUUCAAGCUACAGCAUGUUACUACCGAGAAUGUGAGCCCGAGACUCGAUGAGAUCACAAAGCUCACGAAAACGGCAGCCGAUGGCACAGAGACCCUAGACUUGGAGUCUCUGGCUCAUAGUCUGCGGAGCACGACAGCCGAAGGCAGCUUCCUACCUGGUGAUGAAGUUGAGGUCUACGAGGGUGAGCAGAGAGGCAUCGUGGGAAGAACAGAAGCCGUCAACGGUAAUAUCGUGUCUAUCAUGGUGUCAGAAGGGGAGCUUUCGGGUCAGCUUGUCGAGGUGCCCGUGAAGGGACUACGGAAACGCUUCAGAGAAGGCGACAAUGUCAAGAUCAUUGGUGGGAGCAAGUACAGUGACGAGGUUGGAAUGGUUCUUCGUAUCAAGGACGACAAAGUCACUGUCCUUACCAACACCAGCAAUGAAGAGAUUACUGUCUUCAGCAGGGAUCUUCGAGAAGCCACAGACGGCGGCGGUGGCGGUGCCGGAAAGAGCAAAUUUGAUGUGCAAGAAUUGGUUCAGAUUGAUCCUACCACGGCUGGCUGUGUCAUUAGAGCUGAUCGCGAGUCGGUGCGGAUAUUGGAUCAGAACGGCUCCGUCACCACCAGAAUGCCUUCGCAGGUGCAGAAGAUCGAAACUCGGAGGAAUGUCGUCGCCACGGACAAGAAUGGAUCUGAGAUUCGCGUCGGCGAUGGUAUCCGCGAGUCUGGCGGAGAAGGCAAAAGUGGGAUGAUACUACAUAUCCACAGAGGAUACGUGUUUGCCCACAACAAGCUCGGGAUCGAGAACUCGGGUAUCUGGGUUGCUAGAUGCACCAACGUGAUUACGACUGCCGCAAAGGGUGGAAGAAUUACUGCGCCUAGCACUGACUUGACCAAGAUGAACCCUGCACUGCAGAUGAAGCGACCAGAUAUGUCAAUGGCCCCUCCUCAACGUCCUGGACGUGACCCCAUUCAAGGUCGACUUGUCCAUAUCAACAAAGGUAAUUACAAAGGUCACCGUGCGAUUGUCAAAGACACCACAGCUGGAGAGGCGAGACUUGAGCUUCAGACUAAGAACAAAACCAUCAAUCUCAGCAAAUUCGACCUUUCCAUCAUUGAUACCAAUACCCAAAACAAGACAAGAUAUGAGGACUGGAUCAGGCAACGUGGAGGACCAUCAACUAUGCGUGCAGGUCCCGGUGGCCUCGGUUCUCGUGUUCCAGAUGGAGGUGGCUUUGGUGGCCGGACUCCUAUGGGCGUUAUGGACGGAGGACGAACUCCAGCAUGGGGUACCUCGUCACGAACUCCCGCGUGGAGCGGUCCUAGUGGCUCUGGGCUCGACGCUGGACGCACCCCAUCAUGGAAGGGUCCAUCUGGGUCACAAACAUCCUACGGGGGUGGAGGUAUGACAUCUUACGGUGGUGCUGGCAAUUACUCAGCUACAGGCAGCCGCACGCCGGCUUGGAGCUCCGGCGCAAAGACCCCUUACGGGGCUGACCAUGGCUUCAGUUCGUCCGGCAAUUCUGGUUUUGAUGCCUUUGCUACAGGCUCGAGAACGCCCGCCUACAACUCUUCUUCCCGUACUCCGGCUUGGAGUGGCCCGGGCAAUGCUGCUUCUGCGCCUACACCUUCUGCACGCCCAUACGAUGCGCCAACGCCAGGCAUUUCUGCACCCACACCCACUGCUUCCGGUCGCUACGACGACGAUGCUUACACUCCCUACCUUGGCGCUCCAACACCAGGUGCUGGUGUUCCUGAUGCGCCGACACCUGCUCCAAGCUUUGCGAAGAGUGCCAAUCGUGAGCCACUCGCGCAUAAUCGUCUUGGCUUCGAUGCUCCUACGCCUGCAGCAAGUGCACCUACGCCCUACGCCAGCGGUGCGUUUGAUGCGCCUACACCUGCGGCCGGAGGACCACGAUAUGCGGAUGAUGACGACGAAGAUUGACGCCCUCGCUCUUAGUAAUAUGGCUCCGAGGGCAUUGUUUGCCCACGUGUAUUAUUAGACCAGAAAAUUCCAAAUUCCGUCCUUGGGCACAGUGUCGUCCCAGGAUCACAAAGGGACCCUCAUGAUUCCUCGGAAGCUCUUUCAGCCUUAUGCCACUUAUGCCAUGAUGGCUGCAGACCAAGUACUCUUGGUACUGGGAGAUGGUGAAAUAACUUGGCGCAUUACAGUAAGCCGCAGCAAUAAAAUUGCGGGACCUUUUGUCUACAUGAACACGGGAACACGAGCCGUCGUAUUCUCACCAGCGUAAGCUGACUUCCCUGCGACGAGCACUCAACCCGAUUUGACGAUGCCUGUGAAAGAUGAUGUGCCAAUUCGAAGCUCACCGCGGUUCUCGAAUCGAUUGAGUCUACCGGUUGUUUGGUUCAGGCCUCCCGGGCCAACGCGUAACUCUCCUGCAGGGGUGUUCAUCGAAGGUAGGUACAUCAGCCAUCUCCAGCUAUAU